AUGCGACCCAAGCAACUAACACCAGAUAAUAUCGUCAUCCGCGAUAUUCAGCCACAUGAGGUGGACAAUGCUUUCAGGUUGUUUGAGGAGGGAAUUAUGGAUGGUUUUAUGAAAUAUUUUCGAAGUACGAUUCAUUCUUUCGUAUACUUCUCUUUUCCUAUCACAAACAUUGCUUUCAUAACAUGCUGUUUGACGAUGGGUGUUACAGCUUCGUUCAUCUACACCGUAGUAGCUUUUCUGCUUUGCUUUGGUAUACGUUUUUAUCAAGAGCACCUAUGGAACAGGCUGUAUUUAAAAUCAGCAACAAAAAGCUACGAUAUUAUGAAUGAGUUUGCCUACAAGGCACGUUGCUGUUAUAAAGUUGCUGUGUUUGAUGGUAAAAUUAUUGGGACUGUGGCAGUACAGGAUGCCUCUGAUGAAACGAGUGGCCGUAGCAAUGUUGCAGAAAUCUUGCGGAUGUAUGUAGUCAGGGAGUAUCAACGUCGUGGAUUGGGGCGUAUUCUGAUGGACACCGCUAGAGAAUUUUGUACAGAGUGUGGCUAUAGAGAAGUGACUGUUAUUACCGGCACAGGGAAUAUGAAGGCACAAUCAUUCUAUAGAAAAUAUGGAUUUACUGAAGUAGAUAGAAUUCUGAUGCGUGCGUGUACGGAUAACUCCAUUUACACCCCAAGUUCAGUUCAAAUCAUAUAUUUGUUGAAGCUAAAUGAAAAAUAG